AUGGAAGACCCUUUUGAACAAGAUAUUAACAAAUUUAAUAAAUAUCAGGAUGAUAAUAUUGUUCAAGAAAUAACACCUAGUACACCUCUUGAUGAAAAUAAAAAUGAAACUAGUGAGAUCAACAAUAAUGAUGAAGAAGUUGUUGAAUCUGAGGAAGUAUUAGAUGAUGAAGAAGGUGAAGAAGAUGAUAAAAUAAAGAUAGAUGAAAAAUCAGAAAUAGAAGAUAAAGUUGAAGAGAUCAGUGAAGUUAUUGAAGUAAAAGUAACACAGAGCAUUGAUGAAGAAGUUGAAGCAAAAGAAAAAGAAGAGAGUAUUGUUGAAGAUUUAGAAAAAGGUAAAGAAGAAGUUAAGGAAGAAGAAGCAGAAGCAGAAAUUAAAGAAGAAAAAGAAGAAGAAAUGAAGGUUGAAGUCAAAGAAGUUGAAAUUGAAGAAUUUUCUGAGGAAAGUGAAGAUAAAGAAGUAAAUGAUGAAGAAAAAACUGAAGAUCAAGUCCCAGACAUUACUGCUACAGAUGGUGGUGAUCUUAUGACUACAUCUAUGGAUGGUAUUGAUGAUAUACCAGAGGAAGAGAUUAAAAUGCCAGUUGAAGGAGGACCAGUUGGAGAUGAGCCACAAGUUGUAGUUGAUGAAGAUGUUGUUGUUCCAACUACACCUUCUGAUGACAUAAAAGAAGUAGUUGUUGAAGAAGUUAAAGAAGAAACAAAUGAUGUAGUUGAAGAAAAAGUUGAAGAAACUGUUGAAGAAAAACCAGCUGAUGUUAGUGAAAGUAAAGAAGAAGAAGUAAAAGUUGAGGUUAUGGAAGAGAAAAAAGAAGAAGUAUCAGUUGAUAUUGCUGAAGAGAAAAAAGAAGAUGAACCAAUUGAGGUUGUUGAAGAAAAAAUAGAAGAACAAACAGUUGAAGUAGUUGAAGAGAAAAAAGAUGAUAUUAUUGAAGAGAAGAAAGAGGAAAUUGUUGAAGAAAAGAAAGAUGAAGUUGUUGAAGAAAAGAAAGAAGAAGUUAUUGAUGAGGUUGUUGAUGAAAAAGCUGCAGAUAGUAGUGUUGCACCAUCAGAACAUGAAUUUGAACUUCAACCACCACCUACACCAAAACGUAAAGAAACUCCAUGUGAGUUAGAUAAUUUACCUGUUGAUCAAGAACAAGAAAGUUCUAAAGUUGAAGUAGAAGAAGCUCAAACAACACCUAAAGCUACAACACCAGCUGCUGAUGGUUCUGUCAAAGGAUCAGUUCCACCAACACCAAUAAAUGAAGAAUCUGUAAAAGAGUCAGUUUCUGAAGCACCAGCUGCUGAUGAGUCUGCCAAAGAAUUGAUUUCCGAGGCUACACCAAAAGAAGAAUCAGUUAAGGAGGAAGUUCCAGCUACACCUAUUGUUGAAGUAUCAGUUAAAGAAGAGGUACCACUUACACCUGCUGAAGAAUCUGUAAAAGAAUCAAUUUCUGAAGCACCAGCUAGUGAAGCAACUAAAGAUGAACCAGUUGUUGCUACACCAAAAAUUUCAGUUGUAUCACCACCAACACCAAAAACUUCCAUUUCAACUCCAAAAACACCAGCUACACCAAAACGUUCUGUUUCUAAAUCUGGAGCUACACCAAGAUCUAAAAAAUCAACUUCUAAAUUUCAGUUUGAUGAUGUAUCAGAUAUCUCCAAAAAAGAUAGUGUUUCUGAGACACCAAAUUCUGCUAAAUUAUCUGUUUCCGGUACACCUGCCGAAAUAAUUUCCGAAUCAUCAAUUGCUGAGGAACCAAAAGAAGCAGAAGCUCCUAUUACUGAAGAAGUUGUUGAAGCUCCACCAGCUGAAAGUGAGCCAGUACCAGAAGAUUCAGUUAAAGAAGAAUCAAUUAAAGAGGAACCAGUUGAAGAAAGCCAAACUGAAGAAGUUUCUAAAAAAAUUUCUGUAUCAAAUGAAACAGAAAUUAAAGAAUCAAAUGAUGAUGAAGUAAAAGUAGAAGAAAAACAAGAUGAAGAAAGUAAGGAUGAGGAAUUAAAAGUUGAAGAUUCUGAGAAAGUGCGCAAAGUUAGUUAUCGCGAACCAGAAGCAGAAAUUAAUGAAACACCUUCUGCUAUAUCUUCAUCUCGUCGUGAUACUUCACAAAAUGAUGAAGGAAUUAGAGAACCACCAACUAGAAAUUACCAACCAUAUGAUCAAGACUCUCAUAGAAUAGCUGGUCCAACAAAAUUACAAAGUAAUUCUUCUUUCUCAUCAUGGAUGCCAACAGAAUCAGCUAGUUAUACACCAAAAUCACCAUACGUAUUAAAUACUGCUCAUAAAUAUAAAACAGAAUUCAUUUCAUCCUAUCGUCCACCAUCAAGCUUCUACACAACAAUGUUUGAUGACAUAGUUUCUACUGGUCCAUUUAAUUCAAGUUUGUACGCAACUAAUAGAUUGCUAGAACGUUCACGUUCUCGUACUCGUGAACGUAAAUCUGCUCUUAGAAAUAUUCGUUCAUCAAGUAACUAUACAAAAUAUAUUUCUGCAGCACCAUCACCAAUGCGUACACGUGAAUAUAGUACACCACCAUCACGUGAAUUAAGUAGAGCACCAAGUAGAUCAGGAUCUUUUAUUUCAUUUAUGGAAUAUUCUGGAGCCAAACAAUAUGAAUUAGCAAGAGAUAAUAGCCGUAAUAAUAUUUACAAUGGUUUAUAUAAAUCUGCAUCUAGAGGUGAUGUUGAUUUAUAUGCUGGAUCAGGAAGAUUAUCACGUGUUGAUAGUUAUGUUUCAAAAAUGAAUCAUAAUUAUGACUAUGAUACUCCAAGAACAUAUUCAAUGUAUAGAUCCACAUCUCGCCCUAACAUUAGUUAUACUCCUUCAUAUCCUAGCUACAACUCAUAUUAUGGAGAUAAUGAUAGUACAUUAUCACGUAUGAAACGCUACGCUCGAGAAACCGUUAACCCAACAGGAUACCGUUCAAUGUAUGAGGGUUAUGUCGGUGAGCUUCAACGUAGUCUUUCUCGUGAAAAGUUUAAAAACGAUCGACUUCGUAGUCAAUAUACAAAGGUGUCGCACCAAUUGGAGCAAGCCUGUAAACAAAUGGAUUUAUUGCGAACGAACAGUUACUCAUUGUGUCGCAGUGGAUCAGCUCCACGCUGCUCUAUAUGUGUCCGUAUUUUAUGGUUUAUUAAAAAUCAGAGCCAAUAUCAGCUUCAAUGUAUGGAUCAAUCACCCCAAGCAGCUCAUCAUAUUUAG